GAACAAAAUCUUUAACAAAAUCUGAAAUUUUGGGGACACCCAAAAAUCUGAAAUGAUUACGCGCACCCAGAAGAUCCGAACCGGCCUCCGCCGCUCUUCACUUUCAAAACCUCGGCGACGCCCUCCCCCACUACCCAAACACCCUACUCCAGCCCACAACGCCCUCAAAUCCGCCGCCGCCGAAGACCCCUCCGCCGCCCUCCACCACCUCCUUUCCUCCUCCAACCCCGACUACCCCGCCUGCGCUUCGCUCCUUUACCGCCUCGCCCGCACCCGCCUCUUCCCCGAGCUCGACGCCCUCCUCCUCUUCAUUCGCUCUCGCCGCAUCCCUUGCUCCAACUCCCUUUUCUCCGCUCUCAUCCGCCACUUCUCUCUCGCUUCCCUCCCUCACAAAGCCCUCCAACUCUUCUUCUCCAUCCCUUCCUUCAAUUGCUCUCAGGGAUCUCCUUGUCUCCAUACCUUCAACCACCUCCUUGACGCGCUUGUUAGCAACGGCUGUCAUGAUGAAUCAAGAUGUCUCCUUGAUCGUUGCUCUGAGUUUGGUCUUCGUGCAAAUCAUGUUUCCUAUAACAUUGUUAUGAAGGGAAGGUUGAGCAGAGAUGGGUAUGAUGGUGCCCUACAAGUGUUUGAUCAAAUGCGCAAGAGAGGUGUCAGCCCGUCUGUGGUCACUUAUAAUAUGCUCAUCGGUGUUGCAGGCCGAAAUGGGGAGUUGAGCAAAGCCAAGGAUUUGAAAGAGGAAAUGGUUAAGAAAGGGAUAUACCCCAAUGCCGUCACCUAUGCCAUUCUAAUGAAAUCCUUUUGCUCGUCUGGAAAGUAUGUUGCAGCAAAGAAGCUCAUGUUUGACAUGGAAUACCAGGGUUGCAAGACCAAAGUAGUAAAUUUUGGAGUGCUAAUGAGCGACUGUGGAAGGAGAGAUGACUUCGAUGAGAUGAAAGCGCUUCUCGCCGAAAUGAGAGUACGAAAAAUCAAGCCAGAUGAUGUGAUUUACAGCAUUUUGAUCAACUAUUUAUGUGAAAAUGGUAGAAUGGAUGAGGCUUAUAAGGUGCUGGUGGAGAUGCAGGUGAAGGAGGGAUGUAAGCCAAGUGCAGCUGUGUAUAGAAUCAUGAUUGAUGGAUUCUGUAAGGUUCAAGAAUUUGAGAAAGGAUUGGGAAUUCUGAAUGCAAUGUUGGUCAGUGGGCACUGCCCUCGUUUACAGACUUUUGGUUCUUUGAUUUCAGGGCUUGUUAAAGGUGGAAGAAUGGAUGAGGUUUUCUUUGUGUUGGAGGAGAUGGUGAAGAGGAAGUUGGGAUUAGAUUUAGAAGAAUGGCAUUCUUUAGUUGAUGCAGGUUGUGGAAAAUGUAAUGGUGGUGGUGAGCUUUUAAGUCAAUUGACUUCAAUGGUCUUUGUGGGAGGAGAUGAGGGAUGAAAUUUAUGCAUUAUCUUCUUCAUAAAUCUCAUUUCUAUUUUAUCA